CGGGAAACGAGAGUUUGAUUCAAAGUAAACCCCGGUGAAGUGUGUUGGGCGUCUUCUGUAUGAAUUUACAAUGCGGUUAUACAACAUCAUGCCUUCUCCAUCAUGGGAGUGCUAUUCAGUCAAGUCAGAUGCCUCCUGGUGAUGACCCUACGGUUCUGCAUCACCAUCGGCACUGCGCGUGGUUGCCUGUGGCUCAAACAUAUGUUUUGACCUUUGCAAGUGAAAACUUAAUGGAAAAAUGCCUUCGCCUCAAGGAUUACAGCCGGUCCUGAAGAUGAAAGUAGAUGAGCUCUUCCUGAAUUGGUUGAGUGAGCCAAGCAUCCAGGAGAUGCUUAAAGACUACCUCAGAAAGAUCAAGAAUGGAGAUGAGCUCGAGUUCGAAAAGGGCAACAGUCAUUUUAGUGAAAACAACAAUAUUGCCUCAAACUGUAAUGUGACCGAGAGGACUUCUGCAUCUCUGAGCGCUCCCUGUAGCCCCCCCUCAGCCACACUGCCAUCUGGGAGUGGCAGCAGUAACAGAUCAGGACCAAACAGCAGGGCGCUGAGACGCUCCGUCAGCGUUAAAAAGGCUCAGCUUAAGAAAGAGGAGGCCGUUUCACCAGCAUUAAGCGAAAGCAUUCCGAAGUUCUAUUUCCCUCGAGGGCGGCCCAAAGCCAAUAUCAACAUUGACAAUCUCAUUUCCAAGAUAGAGAAAAUAUUUUCUCAGUUUCCCAGUGAAAGAGUAACUAUUGAGGAUAUGGGGAAGGUUGCCAAGGCCUGUGAAUGCCCACUCUACUGGAAGGCUCCAUUGUUCUUUGCUUCUGGGGGAGACAGGAGGGGAUAUGUGUCUGUUCACAAAUUCGUGGCAAUGUGGAGAAAAGUGCUGCAGACUUGUCAUGAUGAUGCAUCCAAGUUUAUUCACCUUCUAGCCAAGCCUGGCUGCUCUUAUUUGGAGCAAGAGGACCUCAUCCCAUUCCUGCAGGAUGUGGUGGAUUCGCAUGCAAGCCUUGCUUUUCUGAAGGAGGCCUCAGACUUUCACUCACGCUACAUUACCACAGUAAUUCAGAGGAUAUUUUAUAACGUCAACCGAUCAUGGACGGGAAAAAUAACAUGUUCCGAGCUGCGGAGAAGCAGUUUUCUUCAGAAUGUGGCACUACUGGAAGAGGAGGACGAUGUUAACCAGCUGACUGAGUACUUUUCCUAUGAGCAUUUCUAUGUCAUCUACUGUAAAUUCUGGGAGCUGGACACUGACCACGAUCUGUACAUAGACCAGAGGGACAUGGCACGGCACAAUGAUCAAGCCAUCUCCCACAGAAUGAUUGAAAGAAUAUUCUCAGGAACUGUAACAAGAGACAGGAAGGUUCAUAAAGAAGGCCGGUUGAGUUAUGCUGACUUUGUUUGGUUUCUUAUCUCCGAGGAAGACAAGAAGACUGAAACAAGCAUAGAGUACUGGUUCCGGUGUAUGGACGUGGAUGGCGAUGGCGUUCUGUCCAUGUACGAGCUGCAGUACUUCUAUAAGGAGCAGUGUCAGAAGCUGGAGGCCAUGGCCAUUGAACCACUGCCUUUUGAGGACUGUCUCUGCCAAAUGCUGGAUCUGGUCCAGCCUGAGACACCGGGGAAGAUCACCCUCCGGGACUUGAAGAGAUGCAAGCUAGCUCAUAUAUUUUUUGACACUUUCUUCAAUAUUGAGAAAUAUCUGGAUCAUGAGCAGAGGGAUCCAUUCAUGGUAGCAAAGUCCUUCCAGGAUGCUGAGAGUUUGGGACAGGAGUUUUCUGACUGGGAGCGAUAUGCUGCAGAGGAGUACGAUAUUUUGGUGGCAGAGGAAGCCGCCAACGAGCAGUACAAUGAUGGCUAUGAGAAUCCUCUGGUUCCAAUUGACUGCAUCUCCAGUGAGUUUGACCUGUGCAGUGAGAAAAGGCACUUGUUUGAGUUUGCUAACCCUCACUGUGACCUGGACCUGGACAAGUACAAAUACGAAGACGAUUUUGAAUGACGGCCACUUGCAGCGAUACAAACAUCAAAACUAUCCACAGAUACACAGACACCCAGCAGAGCACAGCAAGACAGGCCACGUGCAACUAGCGCCAUGCCCGUAGCCAUUCCCUCUAAACCACUUCAAUGCAGCCACAUGCAUGAGCUUACAAGUUCAUGUUUGUGUUCUGACUGGCCAAAGAGUGCGUCCCAGGUUCUAGUUAAGAUGCAGUACACCAAUAGCCUGGUGGAACACAUGAAGAGGAAGGCUUGGGCUCGCGCAGCACACCAGCAGUGUAGAAUCAGCUGUACAGAGCCUGACGGCUCCUACUGAGCUCUGUGCCUGAUCAGCACAGGAUGAGCGUUAGGACUGUCAGGCUCGUCUGUCUGCACUCGAACCAAACUACAGGUUAUUGAAGAACACUUGAAAUGUGCUCCAAGUGUAGAAUAUUUAACACACAAUUGGCAAAUGGCAAACAUUCCACAUAUUAACCAAAGUGACUACAGACUUGAGCUUGAUUUCAUUAAUGUUGUAUUUCUAAUAACGCUGUGUGUAGGUGUGUGAAACGCCUCGCACUCAGAGCUCCUCGAGGGGAAAAAACUGUUUUUACAAAUACUGUGCCUGCUGUCAGCCUCGACUUCGCUGUUUCACAGAUGUGAACACUUGUUUUAAAUUAUAGAUUUAUUUAUAAAUAUUUGUAUAUAUUUAUUUGGUGUUUGCGGUGUUUUGUUGGAAAUGAUGAAAUUUAUCUGAAUUUUAAAUAAUUCUUUUUCUUUUUCUAUAAAAGUACCUUGAACAAUGUACUUUAAAAUGAAAAAGUAAGCCUUUUUUUUUUUAUGAGUUUAAUAAAGUAUUAUAUCGUCAGUCAUCCUGUCUAUGAUGAGUGUCAUCCAUCAGAAUGUGAACUCUGCCUUAGGGGUGUGUGUGUGUGUGUGCACCCAGUAUGUCAUGUUGGGUCAUAAUUACAAUGAAGUUCAGCUAACAGUUUACUCAUGAAGUCAUAUUUUACAUAACCUGUUCAACAGAAAUUCAAGCCUCUUUAUCAAUAUACAUACAAGUCAGGUUAUAGCUUUUAGCCAUAUUUUAUAUUCUUCUCCUAAAAAUUGAUUAAAAAUAAAAUAUCUAUUUGUUUUCAACUGUUACUACUAUUUACCAAAAAAUACCAGUUGAGUACAUGUGUAAAUAUGAGUACAUGUCAAUUUGUCACUUCUGUUUAAAACCAGCUCAUCCUGUCCAGAGAGCAGUAAUUCGGCUCAAAUUUUUUUUAUAUUGGACAGAUGUGUCUUUUCUGUUACAUAUUGGUACAAUAUACAAAGUCACCUGAUCAGUCUUGAAAUUUAUCAGAUUAUAUGAACCUGAGUUGAAAAGCUCAAGUGGUUAAGGCUGUGGGUCUUUGAUCAGGGUUCGAGCCCCAGCACCAUGAAGCUGCCACCGUUGGGCCCUUGAGCAAGGCCCCCAACUUCCCUCCUGCUCCAGGGGUGCUGCAUCAUGGCUGGACCCUGCACUCUGACCCCAA